AUGUCCGCGGUGGCCGCAGGCAGUGUGCAGAGAGGAGUGCUCAGCCCGGCUCUGUGGAAGCUGAGCAGCGCACUAGAGCCAGCCCCGCGAGAACUCUGUCCCCUCUCGCGAGAUCCAUUGGGCCAAAGCAAUAAAGAGCAGAGGCCCCACGGCGGUGCACCCAGCGCUCCUCCGGGCCGCAGGGCGGAGUCGGCCACGGCCGUCAGGGCGGGGCGGAGUCCCGGGACCGCCUCCGGCCUCAGGACCCUGCUCUGCGCCGGAGCCUUCAGAGGGGAGCCUGUUUUAUCUCCGCGCACCUAUGACGUCACCCUAGGAAAACCAGAAAGCGCCGAUUAA